AUGUGUGGGAUCUUCUUCUCCUUGAGUCAAUCUGGAUCGGUAUUCCCCAAUGAGGAGACUUGUUGUUUAUUGCGCAACCGAGGUCCAGACAGCUUUCAAGCCCACACAUUCCAGCAUGAUGCGCACGUCGAUCAGGCCGAUGCAAGGGUCUCCCUCUGCAUCACGUUCAUCUCCACCGUUCUGUCCAUGAGAGGCGACCAUAUCGUGUCUCAGCCUCUCGUCGACACCGCCACCCAGUCCGUGCUUUGUUGGAAUGGGGACGCCUGGAAGAUUGCAGGCGAACCAAUCCAGGGCAACGAUACGGAGGUGAUUCUCAACCUCUUACUGCAGGCUACACAGCCCUCUGUCGAGGCGUCCACGCCGAGUGAUACCGUGCAGAAUGUUGCAGAUGUCAUCGGUAGUAUUUCAGGGCCUUUUGCUUUUGUAUUCUAUGAUGCAGUCAACUCUAGGCUAUUCUUCAGCAGGGACUGCCUGGGAAGACGCUCCUUGCUCCAGGGUUGUGACAAGACGGGCUCUCUCAUGAUUUGCAGUCUUUGUGAUGGGACAUCCACUACUCACUUCGAGGAGGUUCUUACGGACGGAAUGCACAUGAUUGACUUGACCCAAAAUAUCUUCCAAGGUGGCCCGGAAGCCAGCACUGGUGCUAAUGCUACUUUCAAAGCUGAAAGCAUUCAAACAAUACCCUGGGACAAUAGCGACUCGUCCACGGGACAUUAUCUGAGGAAUCCAAUUCCCCCCAUGAAUAUGUCUACCCCAGAUGGGGUUCCCCCUCAGCUAAGUGUUGAGUCUCCUUCUGUCAGCGAUCUUGAGCAGAAGCUCCGCCAAUCUCUUGCUCUAAGAAUCCAGAACGUCAGAGCACCCCCUGGAGCUACAACAGAAAACAAUGUGAAAGUUGCUGUUCUGUUUUCCGGAGGCCUCGACUGCACUGUGCUUGCUAGAAUAUCCCAUGAGCUCCUACCACACGAUGAGACCAUCGAUCUACUGAACGUUGCAUUCGAAAACCCCCGGGUCGCUGCCGCAGCCGGCAAAGAAGCAAAGGCAGUCUCGGUGUACGAAAUUUGCCCCGACCGCAUCACCGGUCGAGCAGCGUUUGAAGAGCUACAACAGGUCUGCCCCGAUCGCAACUGGCGGUUUGUGGCGAUUGACAUUCCCUACGUGGAAACGGUUGCACAUCGUGACACUGUGAAACGGCUGAUGAGGCCCCACAACACAGAAAUGGACUUGUCUAUCGCAUGUGCGUUGUAUUUUGCCUCGCGUGGACAAGGCGUAGCAUUUGACAGCCGACCAACCCACCCCGAACCCAUCCCCUAUACGACGCCCGCUCGCGUGCUUCUAUCCGGUCUGGGGGCCGACGAGCUUUUUGCAGGUUAUGCACGACACGGGAUGGCGUUUGCGCGGAGUGGGUUCGAAGGACUCAUUGAGGAGAUUCACCUGGAUGUGGGCCGUCUAGGUAAGCGAAAUCUCGGUCGUGAUAACCGUGUUAUUGCACACUGGGGCCGCGAAGCACGAUUCCCAUUCUUGGAUGAGGAAUUCGUGGCGUACGUCUCGCAAGCUCCUGUUUGGGAGAAGUGCGGAUUCGGGGUUCCCGGCUCGGCCAAAGAAAGCGAAGAGGAUACCUCACUGGAAUCCGGGCUUGACUCGGAGAAGAAGGCGCUUCGCCUGGUAGCGCUCAUGCUGGGAAUGAAGCAGGUAGCUCGCGAAAAGAAGCGCGCCAUCCAGUUUGGGUCCAGGACCGCCAAAAUGGAGAAGAGCAAAGUUAAAGGGACGGAUGCUCUCAGCUGA